CAAAGCCGCCUUGUCGGGCCAGCAGCUGAGGGUUUCGGACUCCUCCGUUUCCCUGGUUGAAAAGUUACAACCGAAUCAGAAUCAGCAGAAUUGGACACAUCCAGCCUCGUGGAAAGUUUUGAUCGUCCAGCAGUGCAAAGCCUCCUUGUCGGGCCAGCAGCUGAGGGUUUCGGACUCCUCCGUUUCCCUGGUUGAAAAGUUACAACCGAAUCAGAAUCAGCAGAAUUGGAAACAUCCAGCCCCGUUGAAAGUUUCAAAAUGGCUCCCAUUUCCAUGACUUCUUUUUUGCGGAACUUGCCUAAAGUGACCAUUGUGCUGGCUGGGGUCACAGUGCUGUUUUUAAUGUACUUUAGGUCUUUCCCAUCUCCAAGAUGUCACCCUUCCCCAAAAUGGGCGACAGGGCAUACAAACAAGUCACUGGUUGAAACCUCCCCGAGCACCAUCGCAGCGACGAAGAAGCCUAACAAACCUAUUGUGCUGCUUUGGUUUUGGCCUGAUGACAAACAAUUUGAUUUUCAACUCUGCAAGGAUUUAAACAUCAACAGCUGCCAACUGACGGAUGAUAGAUCCUUAUACUCCGUAGCUAAGGCAGUUGUGAUAUUUCACAAAGCUAUCAAAGAUGACCUGUCCAAUCUUCCCACCACGCCAAGGCCCAAAUUCCAGAGGUGGAUCUGGUUUAACAUGGACCCACCCACCAACACACGCAAGAUACCAGGCAUCGAAUCUGUUUUUAAUUUAACCUUGAACUACAGGCGGGAUGCAGACAUCUCUGCUCGCUGGCAACUGACCUCCAAGAAGCAAAUAGAUAAGGAGUAUGAGCUGCCUGAAAAAGAUCUAUUGGUUUGUUGGAUUGCGAAUGCAUCUUACCUUAACACAAGCACAGAGGCUAGCUACAGCUACUACCGCGAGCUUGCAAAACACAUAAAGGUAAACAUCUUUGACAGCUUCUCUGCCAAGAACUUGAAGGGAGAGAACUAUUUCCUAACUAUUAGUAAAUGCAAGUUCUUCCUUUCCUUCGAGGAUUCAGUUCACCCAGAUUACAUCACAGAAACAUUCAAUGGUCCUCUUUCAGCAGGCACUGUACCAAUUGCUUUGGGCCCACCUAGAAAAAACUAUGAGACUUAUUUCCCAAGUACUUCCUUCAUACACAUAAAUGACUUCCCUGAUGCCUUUGCACUUGCUGAGUAUCUCCUCAAAAUGGAUGAGGAUAAUGCUGCUUAUAUGGAAUACUUUCAAUGGCGCCGAUUCUAUAAUGUCAGACGCCAUUUUAAUGAGGAGAAUCAAGAGUUUGCUCACGCUGUCUGUCAGGCAUGUCGUCACAUAGCCUUAACCAAAGAGUUUCGAGUUGUACGUGAUCUCUACAAGUGGUACUUAAUUUGAUUCUCUUAUUGUCAUAGUGAACACAGUCUCACUAUAUUCUUGAGAAUGUUAUUAUGACAGUUAUUGUUUUGUUGUUUUCUGUUCCUGUUUUAGUACUUGCCUUCAAGACAAUAAGUACAGCAUGGGUCCCUGCUUUAUUUUAAUGAAUUUAAGGUAUGACAUAAUUUUCUGUUUGUAAAUGUUUUCAAACAGUUUGAUGAAAUUGUUUAAUAAUUGUGUGGCCUAAUACAACAUGUUUGUUUUUUAUGGCUGCCCUCACGGUUUUUCCCUACAUUUAGAUUUCAUUUAGAUUAUUUGGCCUUGUUUAGAUUUAGUUUCUUUCUGAUUAAUUGGUUGAUUACUGGUUUCUUUGUUUUAUUUUAUUUUUUUCUGUGUUCUCUGGGCAAUAUGGAAUAUGGUUGACGGUUACUGUGCAAUCCAGGUUUAAUGGCUUGAAUAUAGGAGAGUAAUGGCCUCCAUAAACUAGAGGCCCUCCUCUUUCAUUUCGUUGUAUAAUAUCGCUUGCACUGACAAUCCACCGUUGCAAUCACACCAGUGUUGGGAAUCUUAAAGUGUGCUUUGCUUGUUUUAUGCAUGAUAUUUUAGCAUUGUUAAAUUGGGUCAGGAGCCUUUAACUUCUCUCUUUUUAAUCUGUUACUUGUAUCAAGUACAUGUACUUUGCACAUGAUCCUGUUCUGUUUGAUCAGUCUUUUUAAGCCAUUCGUAUAAUAUUUGAAUAAAUUGUAUAUUCCAGGAAU